CAGGCGUCCUCCCAAUCCUCCAAGCAGCGCCUCGCGCUCGCCAUCUGCGACUUCCUCGCCACGUCGUCGACCGACGGCACCCUGACGGCCGACGACAAGGACUCCAUCGACGUCGCCAUCAACUGCAUCGCCGAGUCCUUCAAGGUCGACCCCGCCGACAAGCCCGCCGUCCAGGCCGCCAUCGGCUCCCAGAACCUGCUGCAGGUCUACUCCGUCUACGAGAAGCUCAAGUUGUCAAACUCGUCCGCCGCCGCCGCUGACAAGCCCGCCGAGGCCGCCGACAAGCCCGUCUCCGAGGAGGACAAGAAGGCUGCCGAUGCCCUCAAGAGCAAGGGUAACGCCGCCAUGGCCCAGAAGGACUACACCCUCGCCAUCAACCUGUACACCCAGGCCCUCGGCCUCAACCCCCUCAACGCCGUCUUCCUCUCCAACCGUGCCGCCGCCCACUCCGCCGCAAAGGACCACGCUUCGGCCAAGACUGAUGCCGAGGCCGCUGUCACCAUCGACCCGGCCUACACCAAGGCCUGGUCCCGCCUCGGCCUUGCCCGCUUCGCUCUCGGCGACGCCAAGGGCGCCAUGGACGCCUACGCUCAAGGAAUUGAGCACGAGGGCCACGGAGGCUCUGACGCCAUGAAGAAGGGCUUCGAGACGGCCAAGCGCCGUGUCGAUGAGAUGAACAUCGACGAGGACUCUCUGCCUCGCUCCUCCCCCGGCCUGAACGUCGGUGCUAGUGCCGGUGCCGGCGCCCCUGGAGGCAUGCCCGACUUCGGUAGCCUGGCUUCCAUGCUCGGCGGUGGCGGCGGCGGCGGCGGCGGUGGCAUGCCUGACCUGGGCGCUAUCAUGAACAACCCCAUGUUCGCCAGCAUGGCCCAGAACCUCAUGAGCAACCCCGAUAUGAUGAACAACCUGAUGAGCAACCCCCGCCUGCGCGAGAUGGCCGAUAGCUUCUCCAGCGGUGGCGGCAUGCCCGACCUUAACAGCCUCAUGGCCGACCCCAACAUUGCCGAUAUGGCCCGAAACAUGAUGGGAGGUGCUCCUGGCGGCCCCGGCGCGCCCCCGGGUGGUACUGGCGGCGCUGGCGGUGCUGGACAGUAA